AAGAGGAACUGCAGCUGCAGAAGGGAGAAAUCACGGCAGAAUCAUCGAGAAAAGGCGGUUUUAGAAGAAAACUGAUCUUGCCUGCUGGCCAUUGUUCUGGAGACUACAGCGCAAACUAACCUCAAAUCGGAGAUCCUCUGGCUCCAUCUCCCAAGUACUGGGAUUACUGAAACCUGAAAAAUGAGACCUAGAAUGAAGUAUUCCAACUCCAAGAUUUCCCCGGCAAAGUUCAGCAGCACCGCAGGCGAAGCCCUGGUCCCGCCUUGCAAAAUAAGAAGAUCCCAACAGAAGACCAAAGAAUUCUGCCAUGUCUACUGCAUGAGACUCCGUUCUGGCCUCACCAUAAGAAAGGAGACUAGUUAUUUUAGGAAAGAACCCACGAAAAGAUAUUCACUAAAAUCGGGUACCAAGCAUGAAGAGAACUUCUCUGCCUAUCCACGGGAUUCUAGGAAGAGAUCCUUGCUUGGCAGUAUCCAAGCAUUUGCUGCGUCUGUUGACACAUUGAGCAUCCAAGGAACUUCACUUUUAACACAGUCUCCUGCCUCCCUGAGUACAUACAAUGACCAAUCUGUUAGUUUUGUUUUGGAGAAUGGAUGUUAUGUGAUCAAUGUUGACGACUCUGGAAAAGACCAAGAGCAAGACCAGGUGCUACUACGCUACUAUGAGUCUCCCUGUCCUGCAAGUCAAUCAGGCGACGGUGUGGAUGGGAAGAAGCUGAUGGUGAACAUGAGUCCCAUCAAAGACACAGACAUCUGGCUGCAUGCCAACGACAAGGACUACUCCGUGGAGCUUCAAAGGGGUGACGUCUCGCCUCCGGAACAGGCCUUCUUCGUCCUUCACAAAAAGUCCUCGGACUUUGUUUCAUUUGAAUGCAAGAAUCUUCCUGGCACUUACAUAGGAGUAAAAGAUAACCAGCUGGCUCUAGUGGAGGAGAAAGAUGAGAGCUGCAACAAUAUUAUGUUUAAGCUCUCGAAAAUCUAAUGCAGUAAAACGCCUGUGCGUUCUGGGUUGAAUGACUUAAUGCUUCCAACUGAAGAAAGGGUAACAGAGAGAAAGAAAGCCAUUCUUGGCUUACGAUGUUGUGGAAUGUUAUUAUGUAGAAAACUUCUUUUAUUUCCUUUUCUUCAGCUACAUGUUCAAUAGACUCACAGAUAUAUGACUUACGGCGUUGGUAAAGAAACUGAAGGAGAUUCAGCCUUGCUCUUUCCUUUUCUCUGCCUUGAGUCCUGUAUGAAAUCACACUCACGGACUUCAGAAGAGCAGGCACCACAGUGCAUGGUUUGCUUUAGAGAGGGUCCAUUUCAAAAACCUUCAUAAAAACAAUGCAAAACAAGAAAACAACCGAACAAAAAAACCACCUAUUUCCUGGUUCUAAACAAAUGAUUGUAAUACUAGAGCAGUUAGUGGGAGGACCAGCUAGGGGGAGGAUCACCUAGGGGAGGACCAGCUAGGGGGAGGACCAGCUGCUGCAAAGACUGACUGUUUCUCACUUAUAAUAAAAUGCCAAAUGCCUCCGCAGAUGCCCCAGGCAACCCUCAGAUCAGCCCUUUCUGUGAAGAGUGGCGUUACCUGUGCUUGUUUCCUUCUUAAACUUCCAAUUUUUCUCUUUUAACACAUUUAACAUUUAACUUUAAGCAAGCCAGCUUACAUUAGGAAGUGAAAGACAUUUUAGUUCCCACCCGUGAUUGAAAUCAUUGACUAUAUCUAACAAGCUUAAAGUCUCCUGUAAGAACUGAUCAGGAUAUACACUAGGACAUGCCAAUAGAAUGGGAUCUCAUGGUGCAGUCUGAAGCCCUCCAACUGGAGAGACGCUAACAUCAUCCUUCUCGCUGAUUUCCAAGGAGCUAUGACUUUGGAUGCAUGCAUCUGCUUGGAUGAGAUGUCUCGGCUGCUUGCUUUCCUUAUGCACACGUUCUGUUCAGCUUCACAGCAGCAAUGCUCACGGUGGAAUAGCUUAGCUUAGCUUCUGCCCCUUCUUUGGUUCUUUUGACCACCAUAUCCGUAACGGCUCUCCUACUCCCUCAGCUUUCUUUCUCUUUGCUCUGACGUCUAUAUGCCAACACACUUAUUCCACUGUCUUUACCCUGCACUGCAGAAUUUUACAUCUACCUACUGGUUACCAGGUUGUCCCCUGAACAACCUUCCUUUGUGUUUUACUGUUAUUAAAGUAGUAAUAUUUGUAUUCAACCAUGUAGUAAUAUUUUAAGCCACUAAAGGAAUAGUUUUACUUAUUUAGACAACAGCAAUUUCUACUACAUUUUUAUAAGCUUAAAACUUACAUGUUUUAAAACUUAAAACGAUAAAGACAAUAACAACAUUGAUGGAGUAUGAUAUGACAGUUCAGAAAGGGUUAGCUCUUAUCUUCCAGUCGAGGAAACCUAUUGUAUACAAUAGCUGGAGGAAUGUAUGAUCAAAGAGGCCGGGAACCGCCGUGUAGGAUCGUACGGCUGUAACAGGUAUAAUUGUUUCAUUAAUUUGUCACAGUCUUACUGUAGAGGAAUGUAAAGGCGGAAUCUGCGUCAUUCCUCUGGAAACCACAGUGUUGACUCUGUGAAUCUGUACGAUAUCUUUAAAGUAGUAACUACGUAGUCAAAUGUGUUCUUGACGUUGUUCAUAACUUUGAAUAAACCAUUUUUCAAAACCACGUGUGACCACAAA